AUGGAGGGACCCUUGAACCCAGGGGCGCCCAACGGCAGCAUACGCACACCCAGUCCCUCACCGCCCUCGAUAGACCCUCAGAUCAUCGUCGACCACCUGGAAAAGGUCCUUGACGUCAGCUUGGGAGCCUCGAAAGAGGAUCUAUUUGCACCCGGGGCGACCCAGCAUUUUACCUAUACCAUUUCGACCGAGAUUACGGCUUCUCCUACUUGUGCAGCAUUUGUUGUUAUUUCGAAGCGACCGAUACCCAUAGACCCCGCGAUACCCCUUAGCCAGCAGGUUCUUAUUCAGACGUUGCCCGGCUUUAUACUUUCUAAUAACGCUUCUUCCCCCGACGGCACUCCCUAUGAGUUUCUUCGUUCUCUCAUUCAGUCUGCGGUCGAGCCGUACUUUGACACCUACACCAAGAGCCAACGCGAUCUGGCGGGGAAAUACAGCAAGGGCGACAACGAUGCUAGGACGGGAAUUUCGGCGACAAGGAAGAAGAUUGCGGAGCUGGCUGUCAGUUUGGGCAACCUCGAGCAGAAUGUGGAGAUCCCAGAGCUGCUACUGCCUCUCCACCCGCUUAUCCAGAGUGCGCUGGAUGAUGCUAGUCAGCGUGGCGUGAAACCCUCUCCGGAACUCAUCCCUGCUGCAAUCGUACAAGACAGUAGCUUCCUUAACGGACUGCAGUCGACAGUCAAUGGUUGGAUCAAAUCGAUACAGACAAUCACCAAGACAUCUCGAGAUGUGUCUACUGGAACUGCAGCACAAGAGAUUAAUUUCUGGAUCUCCAUGGAGUCAAGGCUACAAGACAUUGAGACGCAGUUGGGUAGUCCCGGUGUUAGGCUCACUUUGGACGUGUUGAAGAACGCGAAGCGUUUCCAAGCUACCGUCAGCUUCAGCGCAGACACUGGGCUCAAGGAGAGCACGGAUCUGGUGCAGAAGUACAACCAGCUCAUGCGAGAAUUUCCUCUGGACCAGCUGUUGUCUUCAACCUCACUACAAGCGGUACAGGAGGCGAUUCAGUCCAUCUUCAGCCACAUGAACAAGAAGCUUCGCAUUUGCCCUUACCCCGUCCGCCGAGCCCUUCCUCUUGUUGAAGCUAUUUCCGGCGACCUCGACAAACAGCUCCAUAACCUCCUACAUGGCAAGACACUCAUGCACAUGGAUUACCCCGAAUUUCAGGCCAUCAUGGCUGUUGCAGAGAGCAUCUGGCGUACAUGGGAAGAGAACGUCAAGGAAUUCACCAAUGUUGCUCGUGAAGUGACUAGGCGAAGGAACGAGAAGUUCAUCCCGAUCAAGAUUGCAGCUAGGCACAAAGAGACGGAAGAGCGCAUUCGCUACAUCACGACAUUCCGUAAGAACCACGAGCAGCUCCAGCGAACCAUCGUCAACGUCCUGGGCUCGCAAUCCUCCCUGUCCGAGAGUGCCCCAGCCAAAGAGGCGGUUAUCAUCGAGGAGAUUGGUGAUGUGGACGCUGUAAAGGAGGUCAAGGAAGCCUACGAUGUCCUCAAGGAUGUCGAUGUGCUGGAUGUCUCACCUGAAGGCACGCGCCUUUUUGAACAAGCAGAGCAAAAGUACAACGAGCGUACUUCUCGUGUGGAGAACUCCAUCAUCGCUAGGCUUAGAGAUCGUCUUGGUACUGCUAAGACCGCCAGCGAGAUGUUCCGCGUCUUCUCCAAGUUUAACCCGCUCUUCGUCCGACCGAAAAUUCGGGGUGCUAUUUCCGAAUACCAGACGCAGCUCAUUGAGAACGUCAAGCAGGAUAUCUUGGCACUUCAUGAGCGCUUCAAGCGUCAGUACGGUAACUCUGAAGCCCAUGCCAUGGCGCAGCUCCGUGACUUCCCCCCGGUUUCUGGCGCUGUUAUCUGGGCUCGACAGAUUGAAACACAAUUGGAGAGCUACAUGGGCAAGGUUGAAGACAUCCUGGGCAAGGACUGGGCGCUUCACGCUGAAGGACAGAAGCUCCAGGCUGAGAGCAGUAUGUUCAAGAAGAAGCUCGACACCCGACCGAUCUUCGAGUCCUGGCUUCAAGAGGUGGCUAGGAGGAAACUCCAGAUCUCCGGACGUCUUUUCCUUGUCAGCAGGAACCGUGCUGCAGGAAACAUCUUGGAGCUGAACGUCAACUUUGAUGCACAAGUCAUUGCGCUGUUCAAGGAAGUUCGUAAUCUGACAUGGCGCGGCUACCAAGUGCCCCACGGCAUCAACAACAUCUCGAAGGAGGCCAAGCGUGUGUACCCAUACGCUGUUAGCCUCAUGGAAAGCGUCCGCACCUACACUCAGACCCUGCGCUCCAUCGCUGAGAUGGGAGGGGUUGCUCUCUUGCUCAACAACUAUGUUAAUGAGGUGCAAGCACUUGUCGGCAAAGGUGUUCCUCUAAAGUGGGAGUCUUUUGUGCAUGCUUACGAUCUCCACGUCCGACAAUCCGGCUUUCCCGUUGGAGGUGGAAGCGUUCGUAGUGAGAGCAAGCAUGUUCAGUUUGUCCGUGACUUUGCGGCUACGACAUCGCUACUCCAACUCAAGGUCGCAACACUCGUCAACAUCAACGCUGCGGUUGAGAAAUCGUUGAAGGAUCUGGAGACCUGCCCAUACACUAAGGAGGCUUUCCAACAAAACCUAGAGACCAUCCAGAAGUCCAUUGACCAGCUUAACCUUGAAAGCUACGCCAACCUUGCUUCUUGGGUAUCUGACAUGAACGCGCGCAUUGAGUCCAUUCUGUUGGUCCGUCUUAGCCGAGCUAUCGCUUUGUGGAUUGAGAUCUUCAAUAAUAUCGACGAAGAAGACGGAAAUCGACGUCCAGUCAGUGAAGCCGUCUCGACAGAGGUACCCGAGGUGAAGCCAACUCUUGCACGUUUACCUCUUGAGAUUACUAUGCGAAACCAAGUCAUCUCCCUCAGCCCGCCAGUGGAAUUCGCCCGAGCAAGCUGGCUUGAGCAGCUUCAGCAAUGGCUCGCCAUCAUCUGUACCCUCCAGAAGAUCAAGGCUUCACGAUACGAGAUCCGACUUGAAGCAACUAACGACACCUCGGUCAGCCAAUUCUCCGACCUGCCAAGCCGAUGCACCGAUUCGCUGAUCGAAGUCUAUGGCGCCGUUGAGGGCAAGCUCCGUGACAUCUCAUCUUACGUUGACGAGUGGCUUCAAUUCCAGUCGCUAUGGGAUCUGCAGUCUGAGCAUGUCUAUGACAUCCUUGGUGAGGAUCUCUCCCGAUGGCUACAACUUCUCCAGGAGAUCCGUAAGACUCGUGCUACAUUUGACAACUCCGAUAUCAGUCGCCAGUUCGGAUAUGUCACCGUCGAUUAUGACCAAGUGCAGGUCAAGGUCAACGCCAAGUACGACCAAUGGCAGCAGGAAAUCCUUACCAAGUUCGCUAGUAGACUGGGCCAGCGCAUGAACGACGUGUAUGUGCAGAUCGAGAAGGCACGCAAAGAUCUCGAGAUGCAGACACUGGAGGCUUCGUCCACUGCCCAGGCUGUAUCGUUCAUUACCACAGUCCAACAAUGCAAGAGGAAGGUCCUCGAGUGGGAACCAGAGAUUUCCACAUUCCGCCAGGGUCAAGCGACUCUGGCGCGCCAGCGUUACCAGUUUCCCUCUGACUGGCUGCAGAUGGAACAGAUCGACCAUGAAUGGCAGACGUUGAACGAGGUCUUGGAAAGGAAGACCAAGAUCGCGAACGAUCAAGCAGACGCUCUGCGGGCUAAGAUUGCUGCCGAAGACAAGGUCGUCAACCAGAAGAUCAUGGACAUCACCGGAGAGUGGGCGGAAGAUAAACCUGUCGCAGGCAACCUGGCGCCAGCUGAUGCCUCUGCCAUUCUUGCUAAGUUUGAUCAGAAGCUCAACCAGCUGCAGAGCGAGUCCAGCAACAUUUCCAAGGCCAAGGAAGCUCUUGGAUUGCCACCGUCUCCGGAGAACGCACUAGAGACCCUGCUGGAGGAAGUACAAGACUUCAAGUCCGUCUGGUCCGCGCUCGGCACGAUCUGGGCCAGCAUCGACGACCUCCGUGAGGUAUUGUGGACCAGUAUUCAACCCCGCAAGCUGCGACAGAAUCUUGAUAACCUACUCAAGAUGACCAAGGACAUGCCUAGUCGGAUGCGACAGUACCAGGCUUUCGAGUAUGUUCAAACUACACUGAAGCAACUUCUCAAAGAGAACGCCAUCCUUGCAGAGCUGCGCUCUGAUGCCGUCAAAGAGCGCCAUUGGGUUAGAAUUUUCAAGAACCUGAGACCACACAAGCGUUACUCCGCAAUAUCCAUGACCCUCGGUGAUGUUUGGGAUCUCAAGCUUGGUCCUAGCGAGAAGAUCAUCCGAGAUGUCAUUACUCAGGCAGCUGGCGAGAUGGCAUUGGAAGAGUUUCUCAAGCAGGUUCGCGAGACCUGGCAGAAUUAUGCUCUGGAGCUUGUCAACUACCAGAACAAGUGCCGUCUUAUCAGGGGAUGGGAUGACCUCUUUGCCAAGUGCAGCGAGAACCUCAACUCACUGCAGGCUAUGCGCCACUCGCCUUACUACAAGGAGUUCGAGGAAGAAGCAUCGUCUUGGGAGGACAAGCUCAACCGUGUACACGUCCUGUUCGACGUAUGGAUUGAUGUGCAACGCCAAUGGGUUUACCUGGAGGGUGUGUUCACUGGUAACGCUGACAUUAAGCACCUUUUGCCAAUGGAGUCGGCUCGUUUCCAGAACAUCAACUCUGAGUUUUUGUCAGUUAUGAAGAAGGUCUCGCGACAGCCUUUCGUGCUUGAAGUCCUCAAUAUCUCUGGUGUGCAGAAGUCAUUAGAGCGCCUCGCUGAGCUCUUGAACAAGAUUCAGAAGGCUCUCGGAGAGUACCUGGAGCGCGAGCGUGUGUCAUUCCCUCGAUUCUACUUCGUUGGUGACGAAGACCUACUGGAAAUUAUCGGUAACAGUAACGACGUUCUCCGUAUUGCCAAACAUCUGCGGAAGAUGUUCGCUGGUAUUUCUGGACUUAUCACGGACGAGGAUGGCGUGAUUCAAGGAUUCACGUCCAAGGAAGGAGAAGAGGUCACGCUUCGCAAAGAAAUUUCGCUUGUCAAGACACCUAGGAUCAACGAGUGGCUUGGUGCACUAGAGGCUAACAUGAAAUCUACGCUGGCUGAGUUGACCUUCGAGGCUUACGAAGAGUUCGCUCAGCUCAUCGAACCGGACACGAUGGAUCCCCAGGCUUUCACUGAUUACAUCGCCAAGUACCCUACCCAAGUGGUCGUCCUUGGAACGCAAAUUGCGUGGACUCAUGCUGUGGAGAAGUCUCUCGCUGAGGAGGGAACGACCUUGCCUCAGUUGUAUGAGAAACAAGUCAAUGUCUUGAAGCUGCUCGCUACGGCUGUUUUGGGUGAUCUUGAACCCAUCCAACGCCGUAAAUGCGAGGAUCUUAUCACCGAGUUCGUUCACCAGCGAGAUGUCAUCCACAAGCUUGAGAAGGUUGGCGCUCGCUCACCCACCCACCACAUGUGGCUACUGUGCAUGCGAUAUGUAUAUGAGCCUGGCAAUGAUCUACUACAGCGACUGAGGAUCAAGAUGGCAAAUGCAGUCCUCGACUACGGCUUUGAGUACUUGGGUGUUGCGGACCGCCUCGUACGCACACCUCUUACCGAUCGCUGUUUCCUCACCCUCACACAGGCGCUCUGCCAACGACUUGGUGGCUCACCAUACGGUCCCGCUGGUACUGGAAAGACCGAGUCUGUCAAAGCUCUUGGUGUACAACUUGGACGAUUUACCCUAGUUUUCUGCUGUGACGACACAUUCGAUUUCCAGGCCAUGGGUCGUAUCUUCCUUGGUAUCUGUCAGGUCGGAGCUUGGGGUUGUUUCGACGAGUUCAACCGUUUGGAGGAGCGUAUUCUUUCAGCUGUGUCGCAGCAGAUCCAGAACAUCCAGCUGGGUCUCAAGAAGGGUGCUGAGGAUGAGAAGUCCCAGAUCGAACUUAUUGGUCGUCAAUUGAAAGUCAACGGCAACACUGGUGUCUUCAUUACCAUGAACCCUGGUUACGCGGGUCGAUCGAACUUGCCUGACAAUCUCAAGAAGCUCUUCCGAAGUAUCGCCAUGUCCAAGCCCGACAAGGAACUUAUUGCAGAGGUUAUGCUCUACUCCCAAGGUUUCUCUCAGGCCAAGGAGUUAUCGAAACAAGUCGUACCAUUCUUCGACAGGUGCUCAGGGGGUCUUUCCAAGCAAGCUCAUUACGACUUUGGUCUUCGUGCAUUGAAGAGUGUACUUGUUAGCUCUGGUGGUUUGAAGCGAGCUCGUAUCGCUGCUCAGCAAGACUCUCAGACCUUAGACGAAGCGAGCAUGGAGCCUCAAAUCAUCAUCCAGAGUUUGCGAGAGACCAUGGCACCAAAGCUCAUUCGCUCUGAUGUUGAGCUCAUGAUGGCCAUCCAAGAAGAGUCAUUCCCUGGUGUUGAGUACAUUCCUGCUCCGCUUGAUCAGUUGACUGAGGCUAUUCACAAGUGCGCCGCUGAGUCAAAGCUCGUGGUCAGUGAUUCUUGGAUGACCAAGAUCAUUCAACUCUACCAGAUUCAGAAGUUGCACCACGGUGUCAUGAUGGUCGGUUCUUCCGGAUCCGGAAAGUCUGCGGCCUGGAGGACCCUUCUUUCCGCUCUUCAAGCCGUGGAGGGUGUAGAAGGCGUCUGUCACGUCAUUGAUCCCAAGGUCAUGUCAAAGGAGCAGCUUUAUGGAACUCUUGACAGCACUACUCGCGAAUGGACCGAUGGUCUCUUCACGAGUAUACUGCGCAAAAUUGUCGACAACCUCCGUGGUGAGGACACCAAGCGCCAUUGGAUUGUAUUCGACGGAGAUGUUGACCCCGAGUGGGUCGAGAACUUGAAUUCCGUGCUCGACGAUAACAAGCUCCUCACCCUGCCAAAUGGAGAGCGUCUCAACUUGCCGUCUAACGUUCGCAUCAUGUUCGAAGUUGAGACCCUGAAGUACGCCACUCUUGCCACUGUCUCCCGUUGUGGUAUGGUCUGGUUCAGCGACGACACUGUGGAGGUCGAUAUGAUGAUCAAGAACUACAUUGAGCACCUCAAGACUACGCCGUUUGAGGAUAUUGAAGACGAUUCGGUUGCUCCAGGUCAGAUGUCUCAGAAGACAAUGACCACCCAGGGUCUAAUCGCCGACUUCCUGCACAUCAAGCUCACCCAGGAUCGGUUUAUUGAGAAAGCCCUCAGCAUGGCUAGGAAGUUCAAGCACAUCAUGGAGUACACCGACAUUCGUGCGCUCAACACGCUGUUCUCUCUGCUCAACAAGGCUUGUCGCAAUGUCCUAGAGUACAAUGUGCAGCACCCGGACUUCUCUCUUGAGGAUGACAAGAUGGAGACUUAUCUAGCGAAGAAGAUGCUUAUCGCUUUGGUGUGGGCAUUGGUUGGUGAUUGCCCUCUGAUGGAGCGCAAGCAAUUUGGAGACCUUAUCGCUGGCCUCACCGACGUCGAGCUUCCCACCCUCAACGAAUCUACUUCACUCAUCGAUUACGAUGUCAAGCCUGACAAGCCAGAAUGGGAUACUUGGCAGAGUCAGGUACCGAAUGUUGAGGUCAACACCCAUUCCGUCACUCAGACUGAUGUGGUUAUUCCGACGCUGGACACGGUCCGUCACGAGGACGUUCUCUACUCUUGGCUCGCAGAGCACAAGCCACUCUUGCUUUGCGGUCCUCCAGGUUCCGGAAAGACCAUGACACUGUUCAGCGCACUCCGAAAGCUACCCAACAUGCAGGUUGUAGGUCUCAACUUCUCUAGUGCGACUACACCGGAUCUUCUCAUCAAGACAUUCGAGCAAUACUGCGAGUACAAGAAGACUCUCAAUGGUGUUCAGCUUACGCCUACUCAAGUUGGCCGUUGGCUAGUAAUCUUCUGUGAUGAGAUCAACUUGCCUGCACCCGACAAGUACGGUACUCAACGAGCGAUCUCCUUCUUGCGACAGCUGGUUGAGCACAACGGUUUCUGGAGGACGUCUGACAAGACUUGGGUUACUCUAGAUCGCAUACAAUUCGUUGGCGCUUGUAACCCUCCCACAGAUGCUGGGCGUACGCCGAUGGGACUCAGGUUCUUGCGUCAUGCUCCGCUUAUUAUGGUCGACUACCCCGGACAGCAAUCGCUUCUGCAGAUUUACGGUACCUUCAAUACUGCCGUGCUCAAGAUCAUCCCGACUUUACGAGGAUAUGCAGACGCUCUUACCAGGGCCAUGGUACAACUCUACGCAGAGUCGCAAAAGCGCUUCACGCCAGACAUUCAACCACACUAUGUUUACUCCCCCCGUGAGCUUACUCGAUGGGUACGUGGUAUCUAUGAGGCUCUACGACCACUUGAGAGCUUGCCAAUUGAAGGCCUUGUCCGUAUCUGGGCACAUGAAGCACUACGAUUAUUCCAGGAUCGACUUAUCGCAGAAGAAGAGAGACAAUGGACCGAAGAAUGCGUCCACCGUAUCGCGGCUGAACACUUCCCUACUAUCGACGAGGAGAAAGCUCUCGGUGGCCCCAUCCUCUUCUCCAACUGGCUAUCCAAGAAUUACGUGCCGGUUGAGCGCGAGCAACUCCGAGAGUUUGUCAAGGCUCGUCUCCGAACCUUCUGCGAGGAAGAGGUGGACGUACCACUCAUUCUGUUCAAUGACGUGCUCGAGCAUGUUCUCCGCAUCGACCGUGUCUUCCGUCAACCACAAGGUCAUCUUAUCCUUAUCGGUGUCAGCGGCUCCGGAAAGACGACACUGUCGCGCUUCGUCGCCUGGAUGAACGGUCUGAGUGUCUACCAGAUCAAGGUUCACGGAAAGUACUCAGGCGAAGACUUCGACGAAGACUUGCGUACUGUUCUUCGACGAUGCGGUUGCAAGGGCGAAAAGAUCUGCUUCAUCAUGGACGAAGCUAACGUUCUUGAUUCCGGUUUCCUCGAACGCAUGAACACCCUCUUGGCAAACGCGGAGGUUCCUGGUCUGUUUGAGGGUGAUGAGUAUGCUUCUCUGCUUACUGCUAUCAAAGAGGGUGCGCAGCGACAAGGUAUCAUUCUCGACUCACAGGAAGAGUUGUACAAGUGGUUCACGGAGCAGAUUGUCAAGAACCUCCACGUGGUGUUCACUAUGAACCCUCCCGAGGAAGGCCUGUCAUCAAAGGCAGCUACCAGUCCCGCUCUUUUCAACCGUUGCGUGCUCAACUGGUUCGGAGACUGGUCUGAUCAGGCUCUGUACCAAGUCAGCUCCGAGCUUACACAGUCUGUCGAUCUCGACCGCGCAAACUACGUUGCGCCAGAUAGCAUUCCAGUCGCCUAUCGUGGACUUACCCUCCCACCAUCUCAUCGCGAGAGCGUGGUGAACGCCAUGGUCGCAGUACACCACUCAUUACGUAGCAAGAACGCGAAGUUGCAGAAGACACAAAACAGGAAGAUGUACCUCACGCCGCGUCACUUCCUGGACUUUGUUGCACAGUAUGUCAAGCUCUACAACGAGAAGCGCGAGGACCUUGAGGAGCAGCAGCGCCAUCUCAACGUCGGUCUGGAGAAGCUUCGCGAGACAUUCGACAAGGUCAAGGAACUGCGAGCAAGCCUUGCCGAGAAACAAACACAGCUUACUAAGAAGGAUGCUGAAGCAAAUGAAAAGCUGCAACGCAUGAUUGCGGAUCAGAACGAGGCGGAACAGAAGAAGGCUGGGUCGAUCAAGAUGCAAGCGCAACUUGCCAAGGACAAGGAAGAGAUUCAGAAGCGACAAGAGGUGGUAGAGCAUGACUUGGCAGCUGCCGAGCCGGCUGUUUUGGAGGCACAGAAGAGUGUGCAGAACAUCAAGCGACAACAUCUGACUGAAGUUCGAUCUAUGCAGAACCCUCCCGCUGGUGUCAAGCUUGCGCUGGAAGCUGUCUGCACAAUUCUUGGACAUAAGCCCGACAGCUGGAAGACCAUUGUUUCCAUUGUCAGGCGCGACGACUUCAUCGCCAGUAUCGUGCAGUUCGACAACGAGAGGCAGAUGACAGCAGCCCAUCGUAGGAAGAUGCAGAAGGAAUACCUUUCUCAAGAGGACUUUACUUUCGAGAAGGUCAACCGCGCUUCCAAAGCCUGUGGUCCUCUCGUACAGUGGGUGUCUGCUCAAGUCACCUACUCAGAUAUUCUCGACCGAGUCGGACCCCUACGUGCUGAAGUCGAUCAGCUUCAAGUGGAGCUACAAAAGACUGAAGAGGGUGCGAAGGAGACCCAGCUCCUCAUCCAGAACCUCGAGGAGAGUAUCGGCCGGUACAAGACCGAAUACGCCGCUCUGAUCAGCGAAACCCAGGCCAUUAAGACGGAGAUGUCGACCGUUCAAUUCAAGGUUGAUCGCAGUGUACGCCUUCUCGACAGCUUGUCCUCUGAACGUGUUCGAUGGGAAGAGAGCAGCAAGUCAUUCGACUCUCAGAUCGAUACUAUCGUCGGCGACGUCUUAGUUGCGGCUGCAUUCAUCGCCUAUGCCGGUUACUACGAUCAGCAGUACAGGAAAGCUCUUACAGAAGAUUGGUAUGAUCAUCUCAAGCACUCUGGAAUCAGCUUCAAGCCAACAAACCCAUUCACGGAGUAUCUAUCGACUGCUGAUGACCGCCUGAACUGGCAACACAAUGGUUUACCAGUGGAUGACCUGUGUACGGAGAACGCCAUCAUUCUCGAGAGGUUCAACCGUUACCCGCUGAUCAUCGAUCCUUCUGGUAGGACCACAGAGUUCUUGCAGAAUGAAUGCAAGGACCGCCGUCUCACAGUGACCAGUUUCCUGGAUGACUCAUUCACGAAGCAGCUCGAGAGCUCUUUGCGUUUCGGUAACCCGAUCUUGAUCCAGGAUGCCGAACAUCUGGACCCUAUUCUCAACCACGUCCUCAACAAGGAAUACCAGAAGACUGGAGGUCGUGUGCUUAUUCAACUUGGCAAGCAGGAGAUUGACUUUUCGCCGUCUUUCCGUUUGUACCUCUCGACACGCGAUCCCUCGGCCAAUUUCGCUCCUGAUAUCUGCAGUCGUACCACAUUUGUCAACUUCACAGUUACGCAGAGCAGUUUGCAAACACAGACGCUCAAUGAAGUCCUCAAAUCCGAGCGCCCCGAUGUCGAUGAGCGCCGAUCUAACCUCAUUAAGAUGCAAGGAGAGUUUGCGGUCCAUCUUCGUCAGCUCGAGAAGCGGUUGCUCCAAGCCCUCAACGAGUCGCGUGGCAACAUUCUGGAUGACGACCGCGUCAUCGAAACGCUCGAGACACUCAAGAAGGAGGCCAAGGACAUUUCGGACAAGGUUUCCGAGACCACUGGUGUUAUGACCGAGGUGGAGAACAUUACCAAGGAGUACACUGUGGUAGCUCGUUCUUGCGCAGCUAUCUUUGCUGUGCUGGAGCAACUGCAUCAUCUCAACCACUUCUACCAGUUCUCGCUCCAAUACUUUACUCAGAUCUUCGAGACUGUGCUACGCAAGGUUCGUAACGGUUCUAUCACGGGCCAUGCUGCUCGUAUCGAGCAGAUUGUCACCGAGCUCUUUGUGGAUGCAUACCGUCGCACAUCGCUUUCCUUGCUACAGAAGGACCGUGUCACAUUUGCCAUGCUUCUCGUGCAAGCAGCGCCCUACAAGAUGGACAAGACACAUAUCGACCAAAUUCUCGAUCCCGACCUCAAGGGUAUUGACGUAUCAACCGAGACCGAACGCAAACAAGAGGCCAUGGAGCGUGCGAGCAAGAUUCCAAUGUUCAAGGAGGAGUUGGAGAAGAUCAAAGAUAGCGCGUGGGAUGCUUUCCUCAACGAAGAGAUGGGAGAACGACACGUACCGCAGGCUUGGCCAGAAGAUCUGGCCAAAUUCGACAAGCUCCUGCGAGCUCUUGUCCUGGUCAAGCUAUUCCGUGUGGACCGUUUCGUGCCCGCUGUUGAGCGUUUCGUUACUGAAGUGUUUGGCAAGGGUAUCUUAGACGCAAGUGGUGAUCUGGGCGAUAUCGUCAAGCAAGUCAACGCGGUCACACCGGUGGCGCUCAGCUCCAGCCCUGGAUUCGACGCAAGUUACAAGGUCGACAAUCUUGUAGAGAGGGAACAAGUCAUUUGCUCCAACAUUGCCAUGGGUUCCAACGAAGGUGCCGCGUCAGCCGACAAAGCUAUCGCCAACGCCGCCACCACUGGAAACUGGGUUCUUGUCAAGAACGUGCAUCUUGCUCCUCAGUGGUUGCAAUCACUCGAGAAGCGUCUCGAAGCGCUCAAGCCCAACCCUGACUUCCGCCUCUUCCUGUCCAUGGAAUCCAGUCCAAAGAUCCCAGUCAACCUUCUUCGCGCCUCUCGUGUUCUUUCUUACGAGCAGCCUGCUGGAGUUCGCGCCAACAUGAAGGACUCGCUAUCUUCUUUGGCCGAGAAGGCUAACAAGCAACCCGUGGAGAAGGCGCGUGUCUACCUUCUCUUGUCCUUCCUCCAUGCGGUCAUUCAAGAGCGUCUCCGGUACGCACCGACACUGGGAUGGAAGGGUUUCUGGGAGUUCAAUGACAGUGACUACGAAUGCUGCAGUUUCAUCAUCGACACAUGGAUCGACACUGUCGCGCAAGGUCGAUCCAACAUCGCCCCCACCAAGAUCCCAUGGGAGAUGCUCCGCAUCCUCAUCACUGAGAUGUACGGCGGCAAGAUCGACGACGCAGAAGACUGGCGUAUACUCGCUUCUCUCGUCGACGCUUGCAUGACGCCCGCUGCAUUCGAAGACAACUUCAAGAUUGUUAAGGAUACUGAGCAUAGCGACGGCCUUGAACUACCCAGCACGACCAGCUGGAAGGAAUUCAUGGGCUGGGUCAACGACCUUCCUGAGCGUGAGCCACCUACUUAUCUGGGUCUGCCGGCGAAUGCGGAGAAGUUGUUGUUGGUGGGCCAGGCGAAUAACAUGGUUGGUGGUUUGAAGAGGGUUUUGGAUAUGUUGGAUGAGGGAGAGCAGGUCAUGGCCGAGGCUGAGACUGAGAUAGAGGUUUAG